GCAUCCUCCUGGAUGAUUAGAACUUAAUACAAAAAACAUAAAUACCUUCAUUUAAUUAAAUCUAAAACUGAACCAGUUAUCAAAGGCUACCUACAGUACACUACAGACCAACCUGACAGUGCUAUUAUAAGCUAAUAGACCUUCUGUUAUAAGAGUUUGCACAAAGGCAACCCCCACUGAGCCAGCCAGCCUCUCUGACCCUGGUCUGAAACAAUAUCUCUCUCACUCACCGGCACUUAAAGAUCAAUAUCCCUGUGUGUGUGUGUGCGAGCGUGCGUGUGAGUGAGAGAGCGAGCGAGAGAGGAGAGAAAGAGAGAGAGAGAGAGAGAUACUACUGUAGGUAUUUCCUCUUUGCUUCUCUGUCUGUUUAUGGAACCCUGCAGUUGUUCUGGAAUAGGUGGGGAUGACAUUGGGGAUAUUCACAGACACUCACACAAACAUGUAGUUUCCAUACCAGUGGGCAUAUACGGAUUGCCCAAACCCUCUACACACACACACACACACACACACACACACACACACACACACACACACACACACACACACACACACACACACACACACACACACACAACAUAAUAACCCCACUCACAGUAUUAUUGUGAGAGACAAGGGGGGCGGGGCUGAGUGGAGUGAAUGUUGGAGGGGAGGAGAUUUGAAGAGAGCCUUGAGAGAGAGACGGAGAGAGGGGUAGAUCGAGAGAGAAGCCUGGAGCAUGCAUAGAAAUGUGUAGGCUUGUUUAUGUACUGAGACUCUGUCUCCACUGACUCUGACAACCAGGAGAGUAAUAGAGGAAGAGAGCCAAAGAGACUGAUAGAGAGAUAGUGUUAGUGGCUGAAGGACAGAGACAAAUAGACUGAUAGAGAGAUAGUAUUAGUGGCUGAAGGACAGAGACAAAUAGACUGAUAGAGAGAUAGUAUUAGUGGCUGAAGGACAGAGACAAAUAGACUGAUAGAGAGAUAGUAUUAGUGGCUGAAGGACAGAGACAAAUAGACUGAUAGAGAUAUAGUAUUAGUGGCUGAAGGACAGAGACAAAUAGACUGAUAGAGAGAUAGUAUUAGUGGCUGAAGGACAGAGAGACAAAUAGAAAACGAAACAUAGAGAUAAAGAAAGGGAUACAGAGGGAUAGGAGGGAGCAAUAGAAACACAGGCAGUAUGCUGCGGUGGGUUCUUAUUGCCCUCUUUCACUUCUUCAGGGGAGGAGGACGGCAGGUGUUCCCGCCAGUGGAGGAGAGAGGGGCGUACUCAAACUCCAUACAGAAUGCAUUGCUCCGACUGGCCUCAGUCACAGACUCCUCUUCCCUGCAGGAUGCCAUCAGAAAGGCUCUCCAGGCUGUCCUCUCUGAAGUGGACAGUGUAUACAUCUAUCUAUUAGAUGCAGAGACAGGACGCUUGUGGUGUGAAGAACCACCUCAUGAGCUACAGAAGAAGGGGAGACUCAGGGAUGUGGUUGUCCAGCAGAGGAGAGUACAGUGUGAGGGUCUUCCUUCCUCAGAGCUGCAGGAGCAACAGAGAGAGAGACUAACAGAGCCACUGCAGCAGGACAAAAGAGUGAUGAUCAUUCCAAUCCUGGAUGGGGACCAAGGCGUAGCUACCGCCCUCCUCUUGGUUUGCUGUACACUGCCCACUAUAGCUCAGGAACAAAGCCUUGAUGUCCUGGAGAAACACGUCACCGUAGCCUGUAAGAGAGUCCAGGCUCUGCAGGGUCAAAGGCUCACCCAGGGGUCAGAGGUCAACAGGACACCAUGUCUAUCCCUGAACAAGAGGACAACAACUGAUGUGGACUACAGUGCACUGGACCAUCAGAUCCUGAGGCUUUGUGGAGAGUUGUAUGACCUGGACGCUGCCUCCCUCCAACUUAAAGUCAUCCGUUAUCUGGAGGAGCAGACUCAGUCAUUGUGCUGCUGUUUACUUCUGGUAUCAGAGAAUAACCAACAGCUGUUCUGUCAGGUAGUUGGAGACAAGGUUCUGAAGGCGGAGAUCAGUUUCCCAUUGACAUUUGGCCACCUUGGUCAGGCUGUGCAGAAGAGGAAGAGCAUCUCCCUGCAAGACGUCACUCCAGAGGAACACCAGCAGCUGAACAGCACUCUGGGAUUUGAAGUUCUCUCUAUGCUGUGUGUUCCUGUUGAGUGUCGGGCCACCACCAAGGUUGUGGCCCUCGCCUGUGCCUUCAACAAAAAAGGAGCAGACAGACACACAGAGGUGGAUGAACACAUAGUGCAGCACUGUUUCCGCUACACAUCCUCAGUACUGACCAGCACACUGGCCUUCCAGAAGGAACAGAGACUCAAGUAUGAAUGUCAGGCACUGCUUCAGGUCGCCAAAAACCUCUUCACACAUUUGGAUGAUGUAUCAGUCCUGCUGAAAGAGAUUAUUGCAGAAGCCAGGAGUCUCACCAGUGCAGAAAUUUGUUCUGUGUUCCUGUUGGACAGUGUCAGUCAUGAACUGGUUGCCAAGGUGUUUAAUGGAGGAGUGGUUAUCGAUGAGGAGACAGAGCUGCGUAUCCCUGCUGACCAAGGCAUAGCAGGCCAUGUGGCCACCACAGGGAAGAUCCUCAACAUCACAGAUGCCUACUCCCACCCUCUCUUCUACCGUGCCGUGGACGACAGCACAGGCUUCAGAACACGCAACAUCCUCUGCUUCCCCAUAAAGGACGAACACGGAGAAGUGAUUGGCGUGGCUGAGCUGGUCAACAAGACUAAUGGACCAUGGUUCACCCACCUGGAUGAGGACUUGGCCACAGCUUUCUCCAUAUACUGUGGCAUCAGCAUCACUCAUUCCCUCCUAUAUAAGAGGGUCGAUGAAGCACAGUUUAGGAGUCAGCUGGCCAAUGAGAUGAUGAAGUACCACAUGAUGGUGUCAGACGAGGAAGUGACCCGGCUACUGACUGUGGGCAUCCAGCCUGUAGGGGAAAUCCACCCCAGCUUCUCCAGCUUCACCUACACACCUCGCUCCCUGUCAGACGACUGCACACCCACAGCCGUGAUCAGCAUGUUUGAGGACAUGGGCUUCAUCAACACCUACAAGAUUCACAUUCACACGCUGGCCAGGUUCUGUCUAAUGGUGAAGAGAGGCUACAGGGAUCCUCCAUAUCACAACUGGAUGCACGCAUUCUCAGUCUCUCAUUUCUGCUACCUCCUCUGCAAGAACCUGGAGCUCUCCAACUACCUAGAGGACAUCGAGAUGUUUGCUCUUUUUGUGUCCUGCAUGUGUCAUGACUUGGACCACAGAGGGACCAACAACUCCUUCCAGGUGGCAUCGAAAUCUGUGUUGGCUGGCCUGUAUAGUUCUGAGGGAUCUGUGCUGGAGAGACACCACUUUGCUCAGGCAAUCGCCAUCCUCAACACCCAGGGCUGCAAUAUCUUUGAGAAGUUCUCCAGAAAAGACUACCAGAGGAUGCUUGACCUGAUGAGGGACAUCAUCCUGGCCACAGACUUGGCUCAUCACCUGCGGAUCCUGAAGGAUCUGCAGAAAAUGGCAGUUGUGGGCUACAACACCAAAGACCCUCAGCACCAUAACCUGCUACUGUGCCUGAUCAUGACCUCCUGUGACCUCUCUGACCAGACCAAGGACUGGAAGACCACCUGGAAGAUCGCAGGACUCAUUUACAAGGAAUUCUUUUCUCAAGGAGAUCUGGAGAAGGCUAUGGGGAACCGUCCCAGUGAGAUGAUGGACAGGGAGAAGGCCUACAUCCCAGAGCUGCAGACUGGCUUCAUGGAGCACAUAGCCAUGCCCAUCUACAAACUCCUCCAGGACCUGUUCCCCAGGUCGGCAGAGCUGUAUGACACCGUGGCCAGCAAUAGAGAACAGUGGGGCAGGGUCUCUCACAAGCUCAACAUUAAGGGGUGGCCGGGAAACGAUUCUCUGGACUACCUAGAUGCAGAGUUUGAGCAGCUACAGGACGAGCAGAAUGGACAGACGGAACAGGGAGAACAGGAUGGACAGACAGAGCAGGGAAGGGACGAUGAGACCAAUGGUAGCCCUCCGGCCCAGUCCUAGGACACAGCAAGACAAACUAACAACUACAUCAUCAGUAUUUUAUUACCUGAAAAUACACCUAUUUUACAGGUUGUCGUGUGGUGUUGUGGCUGAUUUGUGUACAGAAAUCUAAAUGAUAAUUAGAGUGUGUCACAUUGCAGCAGGUAUAGAAAAACACAAUGCAGACAGCAGGGGGAGAGGAUUGAUUACACAUAAUUGGAGAAGAGAAUACUGCAGGCUUUGAACUUAUUUUUCAACAACAACAAAAAUCCUUUGCCUUAAGUUUCUCACAAUGAUAUUUGAACUUUGUGUGAAUCUUUACAGGCAGGUAUUGAGGGUUACCAGGUCAAAACAUGUACAUUAUAAACAGAAUGUUACAAGCUUGCCUUACUUUGUCUAAAUUGCCUUCAAUGUGAGAUUGCUGGAUUGAUAAUAUAUACUUUGUGGUAUUGUGUAUAUAACAAUGUUAGUGAUUGGAAUGCAUAAUACUGUAAAACUGUAUCUUUUUUAAAGUUAUAAAUGUACAAGUUGAUAGCACACAGAUUUUUCUUAACAUGUAAAUGGGUAAAUUGGCUUUACCACCACUUUGGGGGAUUCCCUGUUUUGCCUGUAUAACCCCAAAUGUUGUUUUCAGGGUUUUGUCUAAAUCUGGGGUUGAUUAUCUCCCCCUUUGGACAUUGCUUUUUGAAUAUGUGACAUGUACAAAUGGCAUAGGGUCUAUAUGCAUUUUGUUUUUGGAACAGCUAUAUUCAGUUAUUAUGUUGAUGUACUGUACAGUAUGUAUGUUUGCAUUUUCCUAUUUCCAAAUACCAAAAAAUGGAUAUAAUUCUGUGAAUUCUGAAUCUACAUGUUAACAUCAUGCACUGGAUAUUUAUAUUUGUUCUUAAUUAAUA